AUGACAUCACAAAGUGAAAGUAUGGCAGCGUCCGUUGAAGUGGGACUAAAGUUCAUCGCGUUUGUUCCCUAUUGACGUGCGCGCAGGAAGUCUGGGAACGCGCAGAGAAAACCGGUGGUUUAAAACGGUAGAACGUCCUCAGCAAUGGCUGCAGAAGGAAAACCAGACCCUGAACCCAAUGAUCAGGGUUUGCAAGCAGAGCUCGUUUCUUUGAAAUCACAAGCGGAGGCGCUGCGACAGGAUCUGAAGGCAUGUAAAGAUGAACUUCAGAAGUUACAGAAACAGCUCAGCCAAAGCGAACGACUUCAGAAGACCACAGAAAGCUACAAUGAAGAUCUCAGACAGCAGGUUGAUAAACUGAGUGGAGAAAUCCAUGAGCGAAAGAAAAGAGAGAGGGAGAAAGUUGAUUCUGAGACUCAGACAGAGGAGUUUGCCUGGACAGAGACAGAUUAUUAUAAUUAUUACUAUGGUGGAUACUACCAGUCAGGAACCGAGACAACAGCAGAAACACAGGAGAAUGUUGUCAUGGAAACACAAGAGUGUUUUGAACACACUGAGGACCAUCCCAUAACAGCUGAGACGGCACCAGCCAAUCCUGAGCAACCAAAUGAAUCAAGUGACUUACCACAAACAGAGGAGGCCUCUGGUGAAGGCGGCUCUAUAGCAGACAUGCUGAGAGCAACAGCAGAGGAAGCGUUGAACCAGACCAACUUUGUGUUUGAUGAAAGUUCCGGCAUGUAUUACGACCACAGCACUGGAUUUUACUACGACUCUUCCAGUCAGCUGUACUAUGAUGCUAACACUGGAAUGUACUAUUACUACGACCCAGAAAGCGGGAAAUACCAAUUCCACUCUAGGAUAGAGGUGCCUACAGCACAGCCCGAAGUGGAGCAGACGCCACAGAGGAAGACCAAAGAUUGGAAAAACAGGAAGUCGGUGAAGAACACAGAUAGAGCUUCCUGUCCUGAUGGAGGGGACCUUAAAGAGGCGGGGUCUGAGAUUGACAGACAGUCUGAAAACCACCACAGAAGUAAGAAGGAUGAUGCGUCAUCAUUUAAAAAAGGACGAAAGUCUCGGUCCCGAAGCCCCCAGCGACCCAGCGGUACAGACCGAUCCAGGCGGACCAAGAGCCGUGACAGAAGCAAAGAGCGCUCUACGAACAGAAAGAAAACCCGGAGGCGGAGCGAGUCGCCUUCUGAUGACUCGCACAGCAGGAGGCGGAGAGAGAACGGGUCCAAUUCAGAUGACACGCACAGCAGGAAGAAGAAGAAGAGAAAAGAGAAGAGGAGGUCACGUUCUGAGACUCGCAGAGACCGGAAGUCACGCUCUGAUAACAUGAGCGGUGAGAGCGAGCCGGAGGAAGGCGAGAUCACAGAGUCAGAUGGAGGGAACGAACCUUCUUCAUCAUCCUCUGCUGCAUCUCCCGUCCAACCAGCACAGGACAGUCCUGAAAGAGAACUGGAAAUGCAGAUACAGGAGGAAGAAGCCUGGCCGCCAUGUGUUCGGGUAACUGUGGUUCGCUCUCCUGUUCUGCAGACCGGAACGCUCUUCAUCCUCACGGCUGACACAGUCGCCACUAUCGGCCGAGAGAAGGACAUGGAUCAUGCCAUCAGAAUCCCUGAGAUGGGAGUCAGUAAGUCCCAUGCAGAAGUUUAUUUUGACCAGGAGCUGCAGUGUUAUAUGCUGAUAGAUCAGGGCAGUCAGAAUGGCACUGUCCUCAAUGGGAACAGAAUACUACAGCCUAAAGUUCGCUGUGACCCUUGCCCUCUGACCCACGGGGAUGAAGUGAAGAUGGGAGAUACGGUGUUGUCCUUCCACAUCCACACAGGAACAGACACAUGUGACGGCUGUGAACCAGGACAGAUCAUAGCACACCUGAGCCGCCAUAAGAGAGAUGAGACCUCUGGAACUGUUCUCAGUAAAGAAGACAAGGAGGUUCUAAGACAGAAGGAACUGAAGAUGAUGAAGGUUAAAUAUGGUCUUAAAAGUAGUGAUUAUGAAGAGCAGAAGGCCCUGAAGAACAGCAGGUAUAAAGAUAGAGCAGAAAACCGCCGGCAGACAGUUGGAAGCGAGGGAACGUUCCAGAGAGAUGACGCUCCUGCUUCUGUUCAUGUUGAAAUCGGGGAUGAGAAUAAGGGUAGACGGAUGCUGGAGAAGAUGGGCUGGAAACGAGGAGAAGGCCUCGGCAAGGACGGCGCUGGAAUCAAGGAUCCGAUUCAGCUGCAUAUGCGCAAGGCUCAGUCUGGUCUUGGUUCUGGAGCUGCCGUGUCUGUAGAAGACGCCACACUUGUCAGAAACAAAACCCAGAGGAACUGGGAACGUGCACGGGAACGGUUCUCUGACGCCUGCCAGGCUGACUCCGCCCAUCCUGAAACGAGCCAAUCACCUCAAGCCUGGGUCAAAAGUCAGGAUACAGAGUGACUUCUUAGUGAUAAUUUGGUCUGAUGCCGGGCAUUAUUUAGAUGAACUUUUUUCAUCAUUUCAGUGGAAGACCUUUUGUAAAUAGAUGUUGGUUCAUUUUAAAGAUUAAUGUUCUGGGAAAGUCUUUGUUUGUUGUUUACGGUGAAAUUCAAUAACAAAGGAUAUCUCGGACAAAUAAACAAUAAAAAACAAUCAUGCUUUCCAGUUGAUAAAUUUA